AUGUUUAUUUCAAUAGUCAGUUUUGUUAUUCUCAUUAUAAUUUGUUCGAUUAACAGUCUAUGUACACAGUCUCAAUGUAAUGCACAACAAUCUGGUUCAACAUGUUGUUUUCAAUUGGGUUGUUGUCCAGCUGUUAACAAUGUUUGUUGUUCGAAUGAUUUAACAAGUUGUUGUUCAACUCAAUAUCCAGUUUGUUGUGGUACUGGAAAAGGUUGUUGUCGUCGAGAAUAUCCAGUAUGUUGUUCCACUUAUUGUUGUUCAUCUGGUUCAUAUUGUUGUGGAAAAAAAUGUUGUCGAAGAAAUCUAUCAACAGCUCGUCUCAUUGAAAUAAAUGACGGAAUAUCAAAAAUGACUCAAUACCAACAAAUUAUUAUGAACAUGUAUUAUUCAUAG